ACAAACACACGCGGGAGAAAAAUUCAGCUCAUAAUUUAAUAAAAAUUCACCAAUUUUACCCAAUUUCCAAUCAUGGGAGAUGACGGAGACUCUUCUGCUCCCCAAAAAUCACACAAGGCACGACAUUCAGGUGUAAAAGCUGACAAAAAGAAGGCAAAAAAUGUAAAACCCACAGAUCGUCCCAAAAAUGCCAAAGCCUUCGCAAUCCAAUCCGCACGCAAAGCUGAAAAGCAAUUUCGUCGCAAAGAGGAUUUAAUCACGAAAAAAACUCACAUCCCGCUUGUCGAUAAAACCCCCGAGGAGCCUCCUCCGAUAAUUAUUGCGGUUGUUGGACCAGCAAAAGUGGGAAAAACGACGUUAAUUAAUAAUUUGAUAAAAAAUUUCACGCGAACGAAUGUCACGAGCAUCAAUGGACCUGUUACGAUUGUCACGUCAAAAAAACGGCGCAUAACUUUGAUCGAGUGUAAUAACGAUAUUAACUCCAUGAUUGACAUCGCCAAGUGUGCCGACCUGGUUUUGCUGCUUUGUGACGCCUCAUUCGGGUUCGAGAUGGAAAUUUUCGAGUUUUUAAACAUUUGUCAAGUGCACGGCAUGCCAAAAGUGAUGGGAAUUUUGACACAUUUGGACAUGAUCAAAAACGCCAAGACCCUGAAGAAGCAGAAAAAGAUGCUAAAACACCGUUUUUGGACCGAAGUGUACCAAGGAGCGAAACUUUUCUACCUUUCGGGCAUCAUUCAUGGCGAAUAUUUGCGUCACGAAGUCAAAAAUCUCGCGAGAUUUAUUUCUGUGAUGAAAUUUAGACCUUUGACAUGGCGCAGCGGGCAUUCUUACGUCUUGGCAGAUCGCAUGGAGGACAUCACAAAUGCCGAAAAUAUUCGUUUGAACCCAAAAUGCGAUCGGGAUGUCGUUUUGUACGGAUAUAUGCGGGGCGUGCCCUUGCGGAAGGAAAAUAUGGUCCAUAUCGCCGGUUAUGGCGACACAAAAAUCGACGAAUUGAGCGUUUUACCGGAUCCGUGCCCCCUGCCAUCGGGCGAGAAGAAAAGAACGUUGAUGGAAAACGAACGAGUCGUUUACGCGCCAAUGUCGGGCGUCGGCGGCAUCGUUUACGACAAAGAUUCGGUCUAUAUCGAGCUCCAAGGGUCUCAUAGUCACACCGCGGAACGAGAUCCGGAGAUUGAGGAGCUCAUGAACGUCUUGGAAGAGCAAAAAACGACUGUCGAAGACCUUGCCGGGGAACAAGAGUUCAAAUUUUUCAGCGAAAGUGCCGCUAUUAAAUCCGCCGAAUUCGUUGAAGAAGCAGAAAAUGGCGAAAAAUCAUCGGAUGAAGACCAAAAUGACUCAGAAGAUGAUUCUGGAAUGGAUUCUGAAGUCUCUGACGACGAAGAUGUUCAACCCGGUAAACGAGGAAAGCUUGGAUGGCACGGAGAUGAUGCCGAAAGUGAUCCCGAACCAACAAAAGACGACGAAGAAAGCUCUGACGAGGAAUAUCAAACGAUUUCCAGCAGCAAAUUCGACACCGGAAACAAUUCUGAAGCAAAUUCUGAUGAAGAAGACGAAAACGAGGCUUUUAAAAAGGACAUGGAUGCCAAAGCGCGUCUUGAAUUCUUCGAGCGACAAGCUGGAUCGCGUGAUUUAAUGCGAAUUGUCUAUGGAAAAUUCUCACAAUACGCGAAAGAAUCGAAAAAACUGCUCGAAAACGAGGAAGAAGAGGAGUUAGGAGGCCUUUUUCGCUCCGUACGUGAUCGCCAUAGCGAAAUUUCCAAACAAAAAGCCCUUCAAAACAAGGAAGAAAGUUGUUUCUAUCAAGGAAUUGAAGUCCCUGUUCGUGAUUGGACCACGGAGGACAACAAAAAACUCGUUAAAGAUCUUUUUGUGACGGGAACUUGGAAAGAUUCCGAAGAUGCUUCCGAAUUAUUGAAGCUUGACGACAUGAGUGAUGGGGAAAGUGAGACUUAUGGCGAUUUUGAGGACUUGGAAACCGGGGAAAAGUUCGAAGCGAAGCGAAAAAUGUCAAAAACUGAAGAUUCAGAGGCAGAAAAUGAUGAAACUGAAGAAAAACCGAAGGGAAAAAAAUUAAAAUUGAGUCGGAUUGAGGAAUCGAACAUGAGUCGCAAUGAAAUAAUGGAAAGAAAACGUCAAUUAAAGGCGAAAUUCGAUGCGGAAUAUGAUAAUCCGGAAAAAAAUGACGAUCAUUGGGUCACGGGCGAUCACAAAUUUUACGAGGAGCUCAAAGCUCGAGCAACGAAGCAAAGCGAACUCAAUAGGGAAGAGUUUAAAACACUCGAGGAGGAGAUCCGUUUGCAAGUUGAGGGCUACAGAGCUGGUUUGUACGUUCGGAUGCUCUUUAAAAACAUGCCUUGUGAAUUUGUGAAGCAUUUCAACCCCGCCUACCCGAUUUUGAUCGGAGGACUGAACAUCGGCGAAGAAAAUGUCGGUUUCGUUCAAAGUAAAGUCAAAAAACAUCGUUGGUACAAAAAAACUCUCAAAACGCAAGAUCCCUUAAUUCUUUCGAUCGGUUGGCGCAGAUUUCAAACUCUUCCCAUUUUCGCCAAAGUUGAGGACGACAUGAAGCAACGUUACUUGAAAUACACGCCGAACCACGUGACGUGCAGCAUGAGCUUUUAUGGACCCGUGACGCCGCAAAAUACGGGCGUUCUGGCCGUGCAAACCGUUUCGAACGACGUGCAGGACAUGAAACACAUCGGAUUCAGGAUUGCGGCGACGGGAGCGGUUAAUUUGAAUGAAAAGUCGACGCAAAUAAUGAAAAAGUUGAAACUUGUGGGAACGCCGUUCAAAAUUUACAAGAAAAGUGCCUUUAUUAAGGAUAUGUUUACGUCGACGUUGGAAGUGGCGAAGUUUGAAGGAGCGAAAAUUAAGACGGUGUCGGGGAUAAGAGGGCAGAUUAAGAAGGCGGUUAAUGAACCGGAAGGUGCCUUCCGUGCAACGUUCGAAGACAAAAUCCUCCUUUCCGACAUCGUAUUUUGUCGCACAUGGUAUCAAAUUGAAGUCCCGAAGUUCUACACAACAGUAAACAAUCUUCUGUUGCCUGAAGACAAAAAAUCGCAAUGGCAUGGAAUGAAAACUUUAGGACAGCUCAAACGAGAGAAGGGAAUUCGAAAUCAAGUGAAUCCAGAUAGUUUGUACACGGAAAUCAAGCGAGAGGAAAAAGCCUUUAGACCUCUUGUGAUCCCAAAAUCACUCCAAAAAGCACUUCCGUACAAAGACAAGCCGAAAAAAGGACCUGUGAACCCGAAGAAGUCGUUCGAUAGCGGAAGAAUUGCCGUUGUGAGGGCGCCGCAUGAGCAGAAGAUCGCCAACAUGAUGAAAAUGAUCAAGACCAACUUCCAGUUCAAGGAAGAAAAACGAAAGAUGUUGUCCAAGAAGAAGCUCGAAAAGUUCCGCAAAGAAAAGGAACGCGAGGAAUUCGACAAAUUCAAGCGCCAAAAGGAAUUACGCAAAAAAGUCUUCAAAACAAUCAGCAAAAUGGACACAACUCUCAAGUCAACGAAAGGAAAUCGAUAAUUUUCCUUCUCUUUUUUCGCAGUUUGUUAGCUAAAAAAUUUAAAAAAUACA